AUGGAUACGCAACAGCUGCCUCCUAAUUCAACUGUUUCAAGCACCCCGGCUCCAAACCAGCAAGCCACACCCAACCAAGUCCCUUCGAAGGAUCAGGAACUUUCAGAGCGAAACGUGGAAUCAAAUAACCCCAAAGGAGGACGAGGAGAUCGCAAGAAUAAGAGAAAGGAUUUGGGAAGGAAAGCUUGGAGCCGCGAAACUACAGAUAAAAGAGCACGGACCGAAGCCUCUCAGGAAACGAAACGUCGUAAAUUAAAGCAAGGAGAGAGAGCACUGCCUAUUUAUGCUACAGAAUUUUCCAAAGAAGAUAUUGAAGCGGACAAACGGCGGCCCAAAAGGAAAGUUGCUGUGUUGCUGGGAUAUUCAGGCAGCGGAUAUCAUGGAAUGCAAUUGAGCCAAACUGAAAAAACGAUUGAAGGUGAUCUAUUCACAGCUUUUGUAGCCGCCGGCGCAAUCUCGAAAGCCAAUGCCACAGAUCCCAAAAAGUCUUCCCUUGUUCGAUGUGCUCGGACAGACAAGGGCGUACACGCCGCCGGCAACGUUGUCUCUCUCAAACUCAUCGUCGAAGAUUCCAAUGUCGUACAAAAAAUCAACAACCAUCUUAGCCCGCAAAUUAGGGUUUGGGGAAUAGAAGUAACCAAUAAAAGUUUCAGCAGCUAUCAAUUAUGCGAUUCGCGUGUAUAUGAGUAUUUAAUACCGACACACUGCUUCCUCCCCCCGCAUCCUAGCACAUACUUGGGACAAAAGCUAGUUGAGAUUGCCGAAAUGGAAAACGAUCUUGAAGGCUAUAACCAAAGGCAGGCAGAAGUUGCGACAUAUUGGGAAAAAGUUGAUGAAAAAUAUAUCAAACCUAUACUGGAACGAAUGCCUGAGGCGACUAGAAAGCGUGUUCAGCAAGCCCUGAUUGUUAAAUCCAACACCAAAUCCGCGGACAAUUCUGGUUCCCAUGAUGAACGAAAUCAUCCAGAUCCAGCCCACGAAAUCAAUGAUGCACCCGCUAGCAACAAUGAGACACUAAAUAAGAUUAACGAGAAUACUGAAACCAAAGACGCUGACCCCGAAGAAUUUCAGACAGUGACAAACAAUGAAGCGAUUCGCGCCAUCAGAGCAGCCUACCUAGAAGCAAAAAGAGCAUACCGAAUACCCAAAGAACGCAUAGAUCGCAUUAACGAUGCUCUCGACUUGUACGUCGGCACAAGAAACUUCCACAACUACACUAUCCAAAAGUCCUUCUGCGAGGCCUCCGCCAAACGACACAUCAAAUCCUUCAAAAUCUCCCGCGACCCCGUAAUCAUCAACGGGACGGAGUGGCUCAGUCUCAAAGUCCACGGCCAAAGUUUCAUGAUGCACCAGAUCCGCAAGAUGGUGGCCAUGGUUGCCAUGGUGGUGCGCUGUGGUUGCGAUAUCCAAAGAAUACCAGAAACGUACGGAGAUCAAAAGAUCGCCAUCCCAAAAGCCCCCGGACUGGGUCUGCUGCUUGAACGGCCUAUCUUCGACUCGUAUAAUAAGAGGACUGUGGUUGAAUAUGGCAAGAAUCCGAUCGACUUCUCCAAGUACGAAAAGGAGAUUGAGGAGUUCAAGCAGCGGGAAAUCUAUGAAAGGAUAUUUCGUGAAGAAGAGGAGUCCAAUUCCUUCGGAAACUUCUUCAACCACAUCGACACAUUCCCAGAAUAUACCUUCCUCUUCGUAAGUUCAGGAGGAAUACCCGCAUCCAAAGGACCCCCGAACACUCCUGGCGCACAAAUGAGCGGGAAGGCGGCAUUGAAGGAAGUAGAAUCCGAAUCUGAAGAUGAGGUCGUUAACGGUGAGGAGGAAGGAGGGUGA